CUUUGCAUACAAUGUUGUGAGAGAAGUAAAGUGCCACUGCAACUGGCGUUUGAAUUGUUUUAGGUCUGAGCUUCGGAGAUGUGUUAUAAAGGCGCUGGCUCGGCCUCGUCUCCAGCCGGUAUCACUCGCACUCAUCACGGUUGUGUGUUCGGCUGCGGGAGAGCCAGAAAAUGAGUUGAUGUCUACCAAAACAAGCGUGCAAAAUGGCAACAUAUAACGCCGAAGCAGGACACUCGGUCGUGGUGGAGGUUGGCCCAGAUAUCCACAUCUGUGGUUUCUGCAAGCAGCAGUACAAUAACUUUGAAGUUUUCCUGGCUCACAAGCAAAAUGGCUGUUCCAUACCCACCUCUGAUGCAUCGGCCACCGCUGCAGCAUCCACCCUCACAGAUUCCAGUGCAGAAUUUGUGUUCGAGGAAACCUACCAGACGUGUGUUAUGAGAGGUGUCAAAAAGAUCCUGACCAAAGCACAGAAAACACCUUCCAAAAAAUUAAAACCUGCCCUGACUUCAAAGAGGCACAGCUGCUGUUUCUCAGGUUGCACGUUUAAGACGCAAUAUGGCCAAAAAGAUAUGGAGCGGCAUCUCAAAACCCAUACUGGUGAGAAGCCCUUUGAAUGUGAGCUAUGCCACAAGCGUUUCAGUCGGCGGGACAAGCUCAAUAUGCACAGCCGCUCGCACACGGGCGAGAAGCCGCACAAGUGUAAACACUGUCCCUACGCAGCAGCUGACAGCAGCAGCUUAAAGAAGCACCUCCGCAUCCACUAUGAUGAGCGGCCCUUUAAAUGCCAGAUUUGCCCUUACGCCAGCCGCAACUCCAGCCAGCUCACCGUGCACCUCCGCUCUCACACUGGGGAUGCUCCUUUCCAGUGCCAACAGUGUGACGCAAAGUUUAAGAUCAACUCGGACCUGAAGCGGCACAUUCGGAUUCACUCCGGCGAGAAGCCCUACAAAUGUGACUUCUGUGAAUACCGCUGUGCCAUGAAAGGCAACCUUAAAUCUCACGUUCAGAUCAAACAUGGCACUGAGAACUCCUUCCAUUGCCCGCACUGUGAGUUCCAGUGUGCCAAUAAAACUGCUCUGCGACAACACUCCCGGGAACACCAGCCCACUCAGCCCAUUCAGUGUUCCAAGUGCACUUACUCCUGCUCCAGCAAGGGGGCGCUCAAAGUCCACGAGAGGAUCCAUUCAGAGGAGCGCCCUUUCAAAUGUGACUUCUGCAACUUUGCCUCCAAGCAGCGCAGCAACCUUGUCAUCCACAAAAAGAAGUGCCACUCGGAUAAGCCUGAGAAAGGCGGCGGGGGGAAAGGUGGCAGGAACGGAGGAAAGGGUGGAGGGGCGGAUUCUCCGAAGCCCGUGAGCUCUCGGUAUCGGGCCAAACUGGAUGCGGCACGAGCCUUCCGCUGUGAUUCGUGUGAUGCUUCCUUUGUGAGGGAAGACUCUCUGCGGAGCCACAGAAAGCAACAUCGAGACACACAGAAUGUCCUGAAACUUCAGCUCUCUGCCCAGCCUGGUGCAGUCAACCUGGGCUCUGCCAUGCCCACGCAGAGCAACACCCAGCUUGAAGUCCCCUCUGUCCCAUCAGACACCCUCGCUCCUUACGGUAAUACACAGCUCAAAAUCAUCGUAUCACACCCUCUAGGCCAGGAGAACUCCUUAAUUCCAGCUGGCGUGGAUAGCCAACAAAGUAAGACCAACAUGGUCCUGCUAAGCUCGGACAACCAGGACAUGGUGGUCAACUCCAUGAUCCAACAGGUUAACCUUCUAGCACCUAUGCAAUCCCUUGGGACGUCCCACACCACAGAGGGCACCCUCGAACCCCAGGCAGUCCUCCUGACGCAGCUCAGCCGAGAGCAUACCAACAACAACCCACUCCACCAGGCCCUGCUCCAGAGAGCCAUCACUUCUCAGGACUCGGGCAGCGGCACGCAGACCUUCAUCACCACCUGCUCCGACCUAGAGGGCCUCAACACCUUGAUCCAAGAGGGUGGAACCGAGGUUACAGUGGUGACAGAAGGGAACACUUCCAUGGUGGCCACAGCGACGCCUCCUGACAUGGUGUGUGGGCCGGAGGACGUGUCCAAACAGGCAGGGCCUGUUCCAGCUGAGGACAGUGCCUUACCCUGCGAGGACAGCGGUUUACUGGUGCCAAACAUCACCUUGGGCAGACAGGGUGUAGUCAUCCACAGCCUGCCACUGAUAAUGUCCACCCAACCGCAGCAGAAUGCAAUCGAACAGCUCUCCCCUCAUAGCCUUUACUCAGAUUCACACACCCUAGAAGGUAUCCCACAGUGACUCGGGACUAUGGAUGGGACAAAUUGCAAGCUCUAACCCUUAGCUAUAUACAACAUAUAGCUGCAUCAUAAGCUAUUUCUUUGCCUGUAUGAACUCUUACAUCUGUGCAGGUCUUAGACACAUACAACACAGCUUUUUUUUCAAAAAGAUGCUCGUUAGUCACCAAAGUGGCAAUGCUUUUGUGUCAUGAUUUUAGAGACAUCAUUGUUUUUAAUUUUCAGUGUUUAGAAUAGGGAAUUGUCAUACCUCGGUAGUCCAAUCCUAAGCACCUUCAUUUUUAACACCCAUUAAUUUUGAAAGUCAAUUAAUGCGGGUUAGUCAGGGUGUACACACCAUUUUUGGCGUAGAUUCAUACAUACUGUAUCUGCUUUCCAUUUUUUCCAUUAUUUUGGUGGCAUCAAAAUAAGAAUAUGGUUUAUUUUCAGCCAACAUCCUAGGUAAAUAGAGGGAAGUGUUAAUCAGCUAAUCAAGUCUGAAACAAGUGGACGACGCUUAAUAAUAAAUUCCUGUUUUCUAAGA